GAUCUCACCCGGAAGUUAUUGUAUGAGGGUCGCGCACUUCGCCCGGAUGGUGGACACCGGGCUGCGGAGAGAAGGGGAGGUUUCGCUGGUCUCGCGGCCGGUGGGCGGGCAGAUGAGGCCUGCCUUGACCUGGCUGCGCUAGAGCGGCGCGAGGAGCCUUUCCUUCCGGUGCAAUAUGUUCAAAAGAAUGGCUGAGUUCGGGCCUGACUCUGGUGGGAGAGUGAAGGGUGUGACUAUUGUAAAACCCAUUGUUUAUGGUAAUGUUGCCCGCUAUUUUGGCAAGAAACGAGAAGAAGAUGGGCAUACACAUCAGUGGACAGUUUAUGUUAAGCCUUAUAGGAAUGAGGAUAUGUCUGCUUAUGUAAAGAAAAUCCAGUUCAAGUUACAUGAAAGCUAUGGUAAUCCACUGAGAGUGGUAACUAAACCACCAUAUGAGAUCACUGAAACAGGUUGGGGUGAAUUUGAAAUCAUCAUUAAGAUAUUUUUUAUUGAUCCUAAUGAAAGGCCGGUGACUUUGUAUCAUUUGCUGAAACUGUUUCAGUCUGAUACAAAUGCCAUUUUGGGAAAGAAAACGGUUGUUUCUGAAUUUUAUGAUGAGAUGAUUUUUCAGGAUCCCACUGCUAUGAUGCAGCAACUGCUAACUACAUCUCGUCAAUUAACACUUGGUGCUUAUAAGCAUGAAACAGAAUUUGCCAGUGUAGAAGUAAAAACUCGAGAGAAGUUGGAAGCUGCUAAGAAGAAGACCAGCUUUGAGAUUGCAGAACUUAAAGAAAGAUUAAAAGCAAGUCGUGAAACUAUCAACUGUCUAAAAAAUGAAAUAAGGAAGCUUGAGGAUGAUGAUCAAUCUAAAGAUAUAUAAUACCUAUUUAUUACUUUAAGAGACUUCAUGUGAAAUCUAUUUUGAUCAUGGAACCAAUAACAUAUUCCCUUUUCUCUGAAGAAUUGCAUGUAGACAUUCUGGAGAGGAUUU